AUGGGAUUUGAAUCAAGAGGUGUAUAUAUAUGGCCAAGUGGAAAUAUUUACAGUGGUACGUGGCUGAAAGGCAAACGUCAUGGUGAAGGUGUACAAAUUAAAGGACGUUGGGUAUACAGAGGAUCAUUCACAACUGGAUUCUGUGGUCGCUAUGGUAUCAAGGAGUCUUUGACCAGUUGUGCUAAUAUGAAGGAAACCAAUUCUGAUGGAAGUAUAUAUGCUGGAGCAUGGUCAAAAGGUAUGCGUCAAGGACUUGGUGUUCGGCGUUCAGCUCCCUAUGCCCUAGCAGCUGAAUUUAAUCGUACAGUACGUGCAGCACAGUCACAAAAUAGUUUGCCAUCUGGAACAGAUUCGGAACGUGGUUGGCGAGGCACUAACAGUUCUGGAGGAGGAAGCGGUGGAGACGUCAGAAACAGCGCAGAGAGAGGACGACCCGAUGAAAGAAGGAGUGGAUUUGUCCUGCGUUCCACAUCUUGUCCUCUGCCAUCAUCGCAAUCAAAUACUUCAAGAAGUAGCUCAUCAGGUUAUCGAAGUGCCACACCAACAACGGAGAAAAAGUCUCUCUUUAAGCGAGGUAUUUUUAGGAAACUUCGAAAGCAGAAAUCAACAGGUGAUUUGUCCAUGGUAGGAGGAAGGGCAGUGGGGACAUUCUCAACUUGUGGAAGUGGAGGCGGUGGACUAUUCCACAGUCGUGGACGUCGUCCAGGGGGAUCAUUACGGUCAAACAUAAGCACCUCAAGUCAGAUUACGACUAACUCAUUCGGUCGAGGUGACGUAAAGGGUUUAGGAAAUGGUGGUCAAGGACUCCCAGAACUUAUGGAUGAACCCUUAGGACCUAAUGUGACCGAAACUUAUAGUGGUCAGUGGAAUGAAGACAGACGUUCUGGAUAUGGUGUUGCUGAACGUUCUGAUGGAUUACGUUAUGCUGGAGAAUGGUUUAAUAAUAAAAAAGACGGGUAUGGAGUUACGUAUCGUACAGACGGUACAAAGGAAGAAGGCAGGUAUAAAGAGAACAUACUAGUCCAAGCCUUAAACAGGAAAAGCAAAUUAUUUAUGCUUCGACAUACAAAGUUACGAGAUGCCAUAGAAGAAGCAGUAAAAAAUGCUGAAGAUGCAGCAAAGAAGGCUCAAGAAAGUUCUUACGAAUCAGCCUACCAAAGAGCUCAAACUGCAAGAACAGUUGCAGGUACAGCGGAUGCACGUGCACGAGAAGCUCGUAAGCUGUCCGAAGAGGCUAGAGCGAUAGCAAGGGAAUUCUCUCCAGAAUUCGUUCAAUUAGGACUCCAAUGGGAAAAACAAAAUCCAUUGAUGAAAAAAGAUAUUUUGGAUACAGUUCAAACCGUGAAGAGGAUGUGA